AUGAUUAAAACAACCAAAAGGCCCAAUCCUGAUCAUCCUGAUCAUACCAACACUAACAACACCACUAAGAGAGCAAAAACAUUAGGUUUUAUUUUAGAAGACGGUUAUAAUAAAUCUAACACUGAAAAAAAAAAUACUGAUAUUCAUAGAAAUGGAACUACCAACAACAACAACAAUAGUAAUAAUAAUGGCAAUAAUACCGACUUUUCUUCCUUAUACGGUACUUUUGUUAUAAAAGCUUUGACUGAUUUGGAAACAAAAAAUGAUUCUACACAGCUAGAUGCAUUAGCAGAUCAACUUUCGUUGGGUAUAAACACUGCUAAUAAUUCUACAAGUAUAAAUGACACUACUAAUAGAAUAACCGAACAAAACUUUCAAACGUUAUUAAAUAUCCUAUCAAAUAACAUCAUUAAACUUGAACAACAUAAAAAUUGCAAUCUGUUAAUAGAAAAUAUUAUAAAAUUGGACAACUGGUGGAAAUUAAAUAGCAUAGCUUGUAUUCACAGUUAUAUCACUUUUUUGAAAAUUUUAUGUUCAAGCUUGCCAAAAUGGUGGUAUGAUGUUUCUUCCAUGCUGAUAUAUAAUCUAUCUAACAUUUCUUCAUUAAAUGAGGCGAAAUAUCAUCAUGAACUAUUAAAAUAUUUUAUUAGAGCUAUUCCCUCUUCAACUCAGUUUAUUGACUCUGCUGUCGCCAAAUAUUUUCCUAAUAAAAACGAUUCUACCAAGAAAUUGUUUAAUUACACUAAUAACGCUUUAAAAUUAAGUGAAUAUUGUCCUGAGUUAAGAUUUCAAAUUUGGUCCUUGCUUAUAGAAAAAUUAAUUUCUAUUGAUGUCGAAUUACAAAAUGAGUUGGAUGAGCUAGAUGAGGAUGUAGAAAACGAAUUAGAAGAGGAAUUAAAUGAGGAAUUAGAGGGGGUAAAUAAUAAUAAUGCUGAUGAUGACGAUGAUGAUGAUGAUGAUGAUGACGACGACGACGAUGAUGAUGAUGAUGAUGAUGAUGACGAUGAUGAUGAUGGUACUGGUAACGCUGGUGAUCAAGAUAUUGAUAAAAUCACUGAUAUUAGUUUAGAUGGAUAUGAAGCUAGUGAUGUUGAAGAAGAGGAAGACUUUUUUGAAGGCGAAGAACAAUAUCAAGUUGAAGUUACACAAAGUAUUAAACUCUUAUCUGCAAAAUUGGACUCCUUGUUAUCAUUGAUAACAACAAAAUUAUCGGCAUACUUAAAUGAAGAAAAUCUUGAAAAUGGAGAUGGUAUCAAUGUUUUCAACACCUUAACUUCACUAUUUAAAUCGCAUAUUUUACCGACAUAUUUUACUAGAUCUGUACAAUACUUAAUCUUUUUUGCCUCUCAACAACAGCCAGAGUUAAUGGACUCCUUUUUAGUUACAUUAAUGGAUAUAUCAUUUUCUAAUUCCGAAACAAUAGAAAAUAAAAUUAAAGCGCUACAAUAUGUAGGAUCCUUUAUUGCUAGAGCUAAAAAUUUGACUAAACAACAAGUUCUAUUUAUCUCUUCUUAUUUAACGUCUUGGUUGAAUAGGUAUUUAUUAGAAAGAGAAGCUGAAAUUGAGUUUGACAAGAGUGGUACCAAUGGUAUAACAACCGGUACUAAUAACUAUAGGGGCAAUGAUAAUAAUAAUAAUAAUAAUAAUAGUAAUAGUAAUAGUAAUAGUAAUAGUAAUACAAAAAGUAACUAUGGCAUGGAACGAUUUAAACAUUUCUACGCUGCAUUCCAAGCAUUAUCAUAUAUUUUUUGCUUUAGACAUAAAAUGUUUAAAAAUGUCCAAGAUGAAAAAUGGGAGAUAGAUAUAGAUAAAUUCUUCCAAAGAAUAAUAAUUUCGAAAUUCAACCCGUUAAAAUUUUGUAAUGAAAAUGUAAUGCUGAUGUUAGCUAAAAUCACACAAAGGGAAAACAUUGUUUAUUGUUAUACCCUUAUUGAAAAGAAUAAUACUGAUAGGCUAAGGGGGAUUGUUGGGGAUAUGGUUGGUGUUACUGAUGGUGUAAGUGGUAAUAAUGGUAAAAAUAAUGCUGGUAGUAAUUAUACCUUUUCAUUAGCUGCAAGACAGCAAUUAAUUGAUUUACAAAGCUACUUCCCAUUUGAUCCUUUGUUUUUGAAGACAUUUAAAAAACAGAUAGAGGAUUAUUAUAUAGAAUGGAGCCAAGUAUGUGAGGAUUAUGAAAAUGAAGAAAGUGAGGAUGAUGACUAA